AUGUAUCCGGUGCCAUGGCGGCCGCUUCCUGCAGAUCCCCUCGGCUCCGCAGCUUGCAGUCCAAGAAGGCCAGAGCCAGAGCGGCACUUCAUCUCACAGCGCUGGCCCCUUCUGCUGAUUCCGGCUGCGCCUCUCUGGACUGGCCACCGGCGGGAGAAGAGGCUCCGGGCAGCUCCACGGCUUUGCCGAGGCUCCGCGCCCGAGACACCGCGGGUGACAGGAGAUCAGUGCAGGGAGCUGCGCGAGCUCUUCGAGCUGGCCGACACGGACAACAACGGCGCCAUUUCGGCACGCGAGCUGCGUGCAGCCUUGCGCGUCUUAGGCAUCGACAUGCAGCUGAGCAACGUAAGGCAGGCUGUUGCGGAGCUUGACACGAACGGCGAUGGCGAGAUCAACUUCGACGAGUUUGUGGAGGCUUGCCAACGUCCUCGCCCACUUCCAGACGCACUCAGGAAGGCCGUCCGACGAGGUCGGGUGCUGUCACGCUGGAGCGCGCUGCUCUUCGAUUCAGACGACCCGCAAAAUCUUAGUACCUUGCAAGUUGCACAAGCCGUACGAAACCUGUCUGACCAGAUGACAGAGUAUGACAUGGAUCGACUCCUUGGUGAGAGCCCUCCAAAGGAGGUUCUACCGAAUUCCGGUGGAAGCGAGGGGGACGAGGAGGAGGUCUUGGCAGAAGUGAGCAUCUGGGGCCGUCAACUUUGGCCAAGGGGGGCUCGGAUGAGGGCCCUCCACUUCGCGCAGCUCUGCCUCUGCGAGGCGGCCAUCGUGUUCAUGCGCUGGCGGCCGACCGCCUGGACACUGGCGCUGCUGUUGCGGUGGCGCUUGCUUGUGCUGGCGCUGAGGCCGAUCCUCACGGCCCGCUUCCUCGGGCUGCUGCUGCGGCACCGCCGCUCGGCGCGGGCGCUGGCCGUGCUUCUCAGAACUCCCGCGAGUGAGAGGGGAAUCACCCAGAUUCUCCUCUUGGACUCGGCCAUCGCCGACUUGUGCAAAGAUCCGGAGGCGCCCAAGCACAUCCUCAGGAUCGUGGGCCGCCAGGGCAUGGGGUCUUUCCUUCGACACUUCCUGGUCUUCGCCCCGCCGGACAUGAUGAGGCGCUUCUGCCAGCACAAGUCCACGGCCGUGUUGCUUGCCCGCGUGGUCCGUGAGACCGCGGCUCGGGACUGCGCUGCCUUGGUCCACAAGCGACGGCAGCAGCUGCCCGCAGCCGUGGCGCUUGCCUGCCUGGAGCCAGGGGCAGACCUCUGGGCCAUGCAUUUCUGCGCCGUGCCUGGUAUCGAGCUCUGGCUCGGCCGCUUUCUGAGUGAUCCCCGGGGAGCGAGCUUUGCACAUCGAGUGUUGUUGCAGCCUCACUUCAUCGACAGGGUGGAGGAUUUUCUUGGCUUCAGAGAUGCCAGGGCCUUCGUCAUCCGACUUCUGCGACAGCCCGGAGUGUAUCGGUUCGUCACGUGGCUGAACAGAGACCUAAAGAUGCAACAGUGGUUUGCUCGCAUCGCCAAGCGUGAGAAGCCGAUGCUCUUCAUCACAGAGAUGCUCUUGGAGCCAGGCCUCGACAAGUUUAUCGUGGACCUGCUGCUUCGACGUGGCAACGACAAGGCCUUGAGAACCAUGCUGGAUUAUUGGGUCCACACAGAGGGCUCCUUCGCCUCCGUGUUCGGAUCCUUCUCAAAGAAGCCAGGAAUUGAACGGGCGUUGGCGCGAGUCGUGAUCAGCCCUGGCUUUCUCGAUGGCUUCGUGUUCAGGAAGUUCUUGUGGCAAGAGGGGCUCGGCGACCUAGCCCUUGAAGCGGCUGCCUUGGUGGGCGUUCGCGGCCUGGUGGACAAUGUGCUGCCUCUGGCUUUCGCGGUGCUCGUCGCCAUCCUGGUGUUUUCCGUGCAAGGUUUCCUCACGGAGUUCGAUCAGCCUCUGAACGUUGAGAGCUUCCUGGCGCUCUUUGAGGAGGUCAGCUUGGGAGACGUGGUGCUGCCCUUCCUUGCCUCUUGGCUUUGGGUGAUUUCUCAGUUCACCUGCAGGGCUUUCCUUGCCUUUGCCAGAACGCGUCCCAGCUAUCGGACCAUCAUCAACCAUGACAAAACUGACGGCACCAGCAAUAUCUCUUGCAAGGACAGGCGGGGCUCUCCGCUGGCAGCCUUAGCCGCGACCUUCGGGUGGCGUUGCAAGCUGGCCAGAGGAGGAUUGAACCAGGCGCGGCGGAAGAAAAGGCUCAGCCGUCUCGAUCUGCUUACGGCAUGGGCAGCAUGCGAGGUGGCCGUGCUGGACAUGCCCAUCUCACAAGGAGCCGCCACCAAUCUGGUCCCUCGCACUCCCAAGGAGUUAACGCAGGCAGUGGCGGAGUUUCGCAAGAGGAGCAGCUGGGCCGAAGCUCUUCAGCUGUUCCAGGCAUCUCUUCAAGGCCGUCUGCGGGCUGAUGGCAUUGUGUAUGGUGCGGCCGUCAGCGCCUGCGAGAGGGGAAGCCGCUGGCAGUACUCCCUGGCCCUGCUUACCGAGGCGGACGAGCUGACGCUGGAUCCAGGAAUCAGGACUCUCAACUCUGCUCUCGUGGCAUGCGGCGCAGGCAACCAGUGGUGCUGGGCUUUGCAUGUAUUCGACCAGGCAAGGCGAGGGAUUCACGGAACUCCGAAUGUGGUAACCUACAACUCCGUGAUCUCUGCUGUGGCGAGAGCAGAUCACUGGAGGCUUGGCCUCCAGCUUUUCGAGCUGCUGACCCGCACUGGCCUGGAGGUCACGGAAGUCUCCUUCACAGCGGGGGUUGCUGCGUGUGCGAAGGGCGAGCAUUGGGUCGGGGCUCUUGGGAUCCUCGCCAUGUCCCGUGACGCCUCCCUGGAGACGGGUGCGAUGACAGCAGGCCGCAACGCUGCAGCGAAUGCGUGCAUCCAAGCUGGCCAAUGGGAAGAGGGGCUUUCGAUAGCACUGGCCGGCACCAGCCUGGGCUUCGACGAUGGCAGUUGGGCCCUUGCCGUGCUCGCCUGCAAGGCAGGCUGCCGCUGGGAGCAGGCGCUGUUUCUGCUGGGUGCUAUGGAGCAGGCCGGUGUGCUCCCGUCGGUUGCUGCUUGCAGUGCUGCCAUCGCAAGCUGCGAUCGGGAGUGGCAGCAGGCGUUGCAGGUCCUGGCGACGAUGCAGGUUCGCGGCCCUGCACCCAACUUCGUGGUCUUCUCCGCUGCCAUCGGCGUUUGCAGCAACGCCUCGGUCUGGGUUGCAGCGCUCGCCCUGCUGGAGGACCUGAGAUGCAGAAAACUUCAGGCGGGUGCCAUUCCUUCGGUCAUCAGCUCUUGCGAGAGGAGUGGGCAAUGGCAGCGCGCGCUCCACAUCCUGGCAGCAUACCGUGACAUGGGCUUCCAUGAAGAUCUCGCCUCACUCAACGCAGCGCUGAGCUCCUGCGCCGAGGGGCAGCGCUGGCAAGUGGCCGUGGAACUCUUCAGAGGCAUGCAGGCACAGACCAUGCAGCCGGACAUCAUCAGCGUAUCGGCGCUGACAACCUCGUUUGGGACGUCCCGAUGGGAAUGUGCGCUGGCUUUGGGAAGGCUUACGAGGGAUCGGCUGGAGAGCAAUGUUGUGUCAGCUGGGGCAGCCAUCGCUGCCUGCCAGAGAGGAAGCCAGUGGGAGAUUGCGCUGGGCUCCUUGCAGAGGAUGCCCCAGACCGCGUUGCGGCCAAAUGCCGGUGCUUGCAAUGCGGGUCUCGGGGCAGCGGAACGGGGAGCGAGAGUCUCCUGGGACCAGGCCCUUGGUCUCCAACAGCAGCUCCGGCGCUUCGGCACUCGCUUGGAUGUGGUCUCCUUCAAUGCUGCCGCAAGCGUCUGUAGCCUGGAGAGGCGCUGGGACGUGGCCUUGGCCAUGCUGCGAGCUGCGCCAGAAGCGUCCCUUGAAGCAGGACUCGUUGGCUCGAGACCAAGGUUGCAACAUCGCCAUUCACGCCUGUGA